ACAGUGAUGGAGAUGGUAUUCCAGAUGAUGAAGACGAUGAUGAUGAUAACGAUGGUAUUCCAGAUGACCUAGAAGGGCUUGAUCUAACCAGAGACACUGACGGCGAUGGCAUCCCUGACUAUUUGGACGAUGAUGAUGACAAUGAUGGUAUCCCUGACUACCUUGAUGAUGAUGCUGAUGGAGAUGGUAUACCGGAUAAACUACAGGACACAGAUGGUGAUGGGAUCCCAGACUACUUAGAUGACGAUGAUGACAAUGAUGGUAUCCCUGACAGCCAAGAUGACGACGACGAUGGAGAUGGUAUAGUUGAUAAACAUCAGGCAAAACACAAGAAGAAAUUCAAAACUGUUAAACUGGCAUCAGCCGAGGUCCUAAAACAACAAGCAAAACAAUUAAGGAUCAAGAAACAGAAACAAGGAUUGAUGAAACAGCAACAGCAAAAAGCAAAACAGCAGCAAAAACAACCACAGCAACAAAAACAACAGCAAAAGGUACAGCAGCAAAAAACACAAAAACAGCAACAGCAGAAACCACAACAAAAAGUGAAGCAGAAAAC